GAAACGUCAUUGUUGGUUUCUUUUGUUGCUUGUGCAAAGGGAAUUCGUAUAACCACUGUUUUAAUGAAAUUUUUAUUAACAAUAUUCGCAAAAUUCAGAAAAUAGUUAGAGUGUGUAAGUGGAGAGAGAAAAGGAAAUCCUCAGCUUCAAUUGUAGUUAUAGCGAAAUGGCAAAUAUAACAGUAGGACAAAUAAUUGUGGAUGCACAAAAAUUGGCAAGUCGUAUCAAAGAUUUGGAUGCUUUAAGUAGCGCUCUUAUGGUGGAAGCGGAGGGUAACAAUCGUUUCGUAGAGAGUAUGCGACAAUUUCAAGAUGACAUGGAUUCACUGAAUCGUGCAGCAAAUAAUAAAUCUAACGUUGAGAUGGUAAAUCGCAUUCAACAGCAAAACGCCAACAGUUCAGAGAUUCUUAAAGAGAACCGCGAGCUUAAGGUAUGCAUUGAAGAUUAUGAACUAGCCAUGGAGUUAAUAAUGCAAAAGUAUCGUGAACAUACCAACAGCAAAGUUUUAGGAAGUAAAUUAAAUUUCAAGGAAGUUUAUAAUGAAAAAUUAUGGAAAAUUAUACGCGAGCAACGUGAGAAAAUUAAUGAAAUGGCUGCUGUUAUGCAGAAAGCUGCUUCCAUAGACGACGAAUGCGAUGUGGAAGCGAUAACACGCCUGCGUCUCGAAAAUAAAACGUUACGGGAAUUAUUACAAAUUUCAAAGCAAUUUGGUACGUUUAGUCAUCCAAUACGUUUCAAUGAACAUUUACUGGAAGAAAAAGGCGUGCAAACCGAAUCAAUAAUUGAAGACUCGGCGGAUGAAUUGUCUCUGUCAGGGGCUUCCGUUGAGAAUGCUAAUAAUAAUUCAGUUAUACAACUUAAUAUAAAUGCAAUACCGUGUUCAACGUCCGUUAGUGUCAUUUUAACGGAUACUAGUCCGCUGUUGCAGACCGCCGUAAUGGAUAACAAUAAAACAGCUAUGGGUAAUGGCGUUAUCGUUAGCAGUGAAUUAGUGGAAAAUUGUGCUGGUUCAUUGUCAAUACGUGAAAGUCAUAAAAUGUCCACUGAUUUGGAUUUAGAGGCAAGUGUGAAAGCCACUAGCAACGCUGGUUCUAUUGCCACAACUGCAGCCAGUCCAACAUGAUAUUGCUUGAAAACACCAAUUUAAGUAUUUGUUCUUUGCUUUUUUCAUCUUCAUUUCGUGUGUAUGUAUGCAAAAGCGUGUCUUUUUCUUUUUUGUUAAGUUGA